UUAUUAUUGUAUUCUCAUUCUACGUGACUUUACCGAAAGAACCAUAGUGCAGGGCCAGAACACAGCAGCCGUAUGGCUUUGCCGCCCACCUAUACACAGUCCAACGUUUCGGCUGCAUAAGGGCCUUCGAAUUUCGCUGCCCUCCGCCACCGCCCCUGUGGUGACUUUGCUGGAAUCGAUUAUCGAUAUCUACAAUACGACAGCGCCGUGUGGAAGAAUCGCCGAAUCGAUGCGCACCCGGAAAACCGUCGGCAACGUCGCGUGAAUUUGACUCUGACGCGGUGCUGCCACGCUUCGUGUCCGCUGUCUAUCGCGCUGUAGUCAUCGAUCGCGGUGUGCCUGUGAAGCGUCAUUCAGUAUCUCUGACUGCGCCUUAGCAGCGGCGGUAACACGAUCGUUGUAGGCAGGUGUUGUCGUUGUUAUUUGAGAUAUCAGCGGUGCGUGUGUGUGUUGCGUUGCGCGCGUUGCGUUGCGCGCGAGUCUCUGGGGAUGUCGUGGGGUUCCGUGCUGCUGCAGGCGAGCUGCCUGCUGCUGCUGGCUCUGGGCACUUGGGAUGUGCUGCUCGGAUUCCAGGAGAACGAAUGCACAAUGACCUACAUGUUCCAGUACCCGGAGUACAUCGACGUGAAACCAGCUGUGCGGCCUGCCCUGCCGCACAGGCGCUCUGGGUACGAUCUCUUUGUGUACGGAGAGGGCCCGUAUGCUGAAGCCCUUCAGAGCCUGCGGCCCGAUGGCAUUCCCGUGCUCUUCCUCCCCGGCAACGCUGGCAGCCACCGCCAAGUGCGGUCGCUGGCGUCGGUGGCGCUGCGGAAGGCGGAGGAUCUGCGCGGCGUGCACUUCCACCUGGACGUGUACUCGGUGAGCUACAAUGAGGAGCUGGCGGCGCUGUACGGAGGCGUACUGGAGCGGCAGGUGCACUUUGCCACGCGCUGCGUCCACGCCGUUCUCUCCCUCUACAAGCACCAGGGGGAGGGCCGGCCGCGCAGUGUGGUGCUGGUGGGCCACUCGAUGGGUGGUGUGGUGGCUCGCGCCGUGCUGGCCGACCCGGCGUUCGAUGCGUCGCUCGUGACGGUGCUCAUCACGCAGGCCACGCCACACGUCGCCCCUGUGCUCUCCCUGGACCCGCUGCUCACAGACUUCCACAAGCAGGUGAACACGCGCUGGGCGGAGCGGGCCCACGACCUUGGCCACGUGGCGGUGCUGUCGGUGGGGGGUGCCCACCGAGACCCCCAGGUCCGCGCCGGCCUCACCUCCCUGAACGGCCUGGCCGACGAACACAACACCAUCUCCGUCACGGCCAUGGCGGUACCGAAGACAUGGAUUAGCACAGAUCACCAAGCCAUCGUUUGGUGUAAGGAGCUGGUUCUGGCCACAGUACGGGCUCUUUUUGACAUGGUGGAUUCCAAAACCAGGCAAAUUACGGAUGAUGCUGAGAAGAGGUUGGCCAUACUGAGGCAUCACUUUGUGCAGCACCCCGGACUCAGCUUCUCCCACGAGCGACGGCCCGCGGCUUCUUUUCAAGCCAGGGCCGCAUGGGUUUUUGUGCAGGAGCCACACUGGACUUUACAAAAAGCCAAGGGCUAUAAAACAACAUAUUUCGCUUUCCCCAGGCUGUCAGAUGUUUACAGCCAUCUUUACUGUCGAAGUCACAACUUGGACUCUACCAGCUGGCUAUACGGAUGCACAGUGCACAACGAGACGUCCUGCACGGAGGGUGUGGACCUGUCCUGGGAGGCAGAGCUGCUGCCCUCGCUUAAGACUGUUUUGCUGAAGCUGGAGGAUCUUCCAGCACUAACGCAUGUGGCCGUCCUUGCACGCAGCACUGCCCUGGAUGGCAGCCUGGCGUGUGAGCUCAUCGCCUGGAACAAUCGGAGCAGCGCAUUGCCUGUAACCAAUGCUCUCUCACUAGGACUGACCUCCAAUUCACUGUCCAUACCUUCUGCUGGACUUCUGCAUAUUGUUAACCUCACAGAUUUCGUACAGGUGUACCAGGCAUUCACUGUUUAUAUCAAGCCCACCUGUGAGAUCACAUCAGCAACCCAUCUGGUACGGUUGACUGUGCCGUGGUUCAAGGAAGACUCCUUCACCACUAUGAAUGCAUCGGAUGUGACAGCGCUGUCUGUGAAGCUGCACACGGGCCGGCCACUGGGAAACGAGGCGAUGCCCAGCCUCCAGCUGCACGGCCACGCUGAUUGCCGUUACGAGGUCACCAUCAAGACGUCGUUUUUAGAAGUGAUGGGACAGUUCGUGCGUUUCCACGCCGAGUGCUUCCCCGCGUACUUUGUGGCGAACAUCCUGCUCGUGUUUGGCAAGCAGCUCUUAGAUCAGCAGAGCAAAGAGCCGUGCCCCCCAUUCCAAGCUGCCAUUGAAGUGGCCGCCAAGCCUUUCCACAUACAGCCCUUCGUCAACCUCUUAAAGUUGUUUAUGGGCUGGGAGUGGUUCCAUGCCGCGUGGGCCUCCCUGCUUCUCCCCGAGCCGGACGCCGUGCUGCUGGAGCGCCGCGCCGUGUGGCACAACCUCCUCCCGCUCUUCAUGUUCCUGCUCGCCGGCGCGGCUGUGCGCGCCGGCGCCCUCCUGGGCUCCUGCGUCGUGCGACUCUCUGCCGCCGCGCUCGUCAGGGUGAAGCGGCCAAACGCGGACGUGAUUCCGGGGGGGCUGCUGUCAUCGCGCUGCGUGCCCGUGAUGGCCAUGGUGCUCGGGGUGGCGUGGUUGUUCUGCGGAGCUCUCGCCCUUUCUGUUACCGUCCUCCUGUGCUUGGCCAAGGUAAUCAGACUGCACGCAAAAGUGGCAGCCAUGCGGUCUGCCCUCAACCUGACGCCUGCGUCGCGUGCCGGAGAGACCCGCCCCAGCAAGGACGAUCAGCAGGGCCAGGGUGCAGGAUCGAGCGAGAAAGAAGAAAAGCCUUUUGGCAACUCGGCCGAUGGACCGCGGAAAAGGCCGGGUGCCGGGUCGGCGGGAGAUCGCGCCGGGUCGGCGGGAGAUCGCGCCGAGAGCACGGCCGAGGCUUCUUCCCCCGGCGGUCGUGAGCGCCCCAGGAGUAACGAUAGCGCAGCCGGUGCGGGCGAAGCCGGGAAUGAGGACGGGCUAUCGAGAGGGAGUUCCCUGGCGGAGAGACUGGUGCGCGUGGCUUCUGACCGGCUCCACCUGCAGAUGACGGCGCUGUCCCUGGCAGUGUGCGCGCUAGCGCUCACCGCACCCUCCCUCGUCUUUUGGUUGAAGCAGUUGCACGUCGACAGGAAGCUGCAGCCGGAUCCAUUCCGAGCCGUUUCCGCCGUCAUCAGCCUUGUGCUCGUGCUGCUCAUGGAAUCCCGGGCAACGGCAUUCCGAGAGAGCAAGAUGCUGCGCGUGGUGGCACGGCUGCAUCACCCCCUGGCCAUCGGUGCUGCAGCAUUUGCUAUGGCGCACAUGCACCGCCUACCGGGCUUCAUCGCCGCAUCGCUCCUCCUCACUGCCGCCUGCUCCUUCUACUGACACGGGCAGCGUCGUGUGCCCGCGUGUAGGUGCACGUGCGCGCGUGUGUAUGUCAGGGGUGGGGAACCUACGGCGGCCAUGACUUCCAAGUCGCAGAGCCUGCGGUUUAAUUUCACACAGACUGUGGUAACACGAGGCCUCUCACUUCAAAACGGCCAACGAACGAUAUCUGUCCAUCCCUCCAAGCAUCUUCUAAGUGUUCAGAUGCAGUGCCAUAAUUGUAUUGAAGAGUUGAGUUAUUUACUUUCCAUGGUGUGAUCCACGCAAUGGGCUUACACAAACCAAUCGCAUACAAUAUAUACAAAUAAAAAAAAUUUCACAAACACACAACUGUAUUUUGUAAAGUACAAAAUGUUAUGCUAUUGCGUUAAAUUAGUAUGUUUUUAUUGUAUCUCAAUCGAUGCAUUGUUACACACAUACUGUAGAUGGCUGUUUGUCAAGAGUUGCUAUAGGCGGUGGACUUUGACACUGCUGGCAAGGCAAAGUUCGUUCAAUUAUUAUUUUGUAUUCAGCACUGGGCCAACUCAAUUGACUAGCUCAGGCUGCACAUUCAUGUUCUGUACAGUUAUCUGUGUGGAGGCAGCUACAUGUGUGUCCAUUUUUUCAGUUUCAGUAUUUGGAUGUGUAAUGGUACACUUAGACAUCCAGGUAGCAUUUAGAGGUAGAAUGAGCAGCUCGCAAACAGAAGGUUGCGAGUUCAUAUCCCAGUUGGUGGGGUUGACUCAGCCCAUCAUCCAUCCGGGGUCAAUAAAAUUAGUACCACUUGUGGGGAAGUCAACAGUGGUUGUCCUAUGGAUACUCACCCCCACCAUAGGAACGUGGAAAUGUAAACCACUGGCUCAGGACUGUAACCAAGCGAUGAGCUCCACCUCAAUGCUGUGUGUGUGUGUAUACACAAGGCGGAACCACAGUGGAAUCUGGUCCCAAGAACAAACAAGAGAUUUAAGCCACAUAAAUUAAUGUUACUGAUACGUUUUUAAUUUUGCACUGUAUUCCUUUUAUUGGUGGUUAUUGAAUGUAAUCGUGACCAUCUCUAUUUGCGUAGUUCGUGACUGCAUCUUUGCUCAUAGUCCCAGUGCUCAGCAUUUCCGUGGUCUUAGCACUGUUUGCAUGUUUAGCAAAUGCUGUGCGCGCGCGAUUGUUACGUGCAAUGAAAGGUGUGCGCCGGUCCUGUUUGCUGCGCGAUUGGCCUUGAGCAUUGAACACCGGCGUGACUCGUGCCAUGGGUGUUUUGGUCGAGUGCAAAAAAAAACGAUUGCUGAAGAAGAGAGAGAGAGAGGAUGCCGAUGAUUUAAGUUUAUUUUAAUUAUUUGCAGACGUAAAACAUUUCGUGCGUAAAAUCAAGUACGUGUGACACGUUUGUAUGAACACACACACAUUCAUUAAAAUAUUUUGUAAAAUGUUA